AUGAGUGGUAAACUUUCUCAAUCUUCCCUCUCCUCAGACACGCUUCGGGCUUUAGGCCUGUUGGAGGACUACUGUUCCAAACUGCAGAAACCAGAGGAACAACAGCUAAAAACUGCCAUUUUACGAGUGAUGGGAAUCUUCAAAAGUAGUCUGUUUCAAGCACUCAUUGAUAUCCAAGAGUUUUAUGAAGUAACACUGUUGAACACCCAGAAGAGCUGUGAGCAGAAUGGGUGUAAAUCUAUGCUAGAUGUUUAUAGUGAUUUCUCUUCGCUGCAAUCGAUCAAAGUUAGCAGUCGUAGUGCACCACAGAAGAUCGAGAACGUGCACGGCUAUGUCUCCCACUCCCACAUCUCACCGCUUAAGGCAAGCCCUGCCCCAAUUAUAGUCAACACGGAGACUUUGGAAACUGUACCUUACGUCAAUGGAACUGAAAUUGAAUAUGAAUUUGAAGAAAUAACGCUAGAGCGGGGAAACUCAGGGUUGGGCUUCAGCAUUGCCGGCGGCACAGAUAACCCCCACAUUGGGGACGACCCCGGGAUCUUCAUCACCAAGAUCAUACCAGGGGGCGCCGCGGCUGAGGAUGGGCGACUCAGAGUGAACGACUGUAUCCUGCGUGUGAACGAUGCGGAUGUGUCGGAGGUGUCACACAGUAAAGCCGUGGAGGCACUGAAGGUGGCAGGCUCCAUCGUACGGCUCUAUGUCCGCAGAAGGAGACCCAUGCUUGAGACAGUCAUGGAGAUCAAACUCAUCAAAGGACCAAAAGGGCUGGGUUUUAGCAUCGCUGGUGGAGUUGGUAACCAGCACAUCCCGGGAGACAAUAGCAUCUACGUCACCAAAAUCAUUGAGGGUGGAGCAGCUCAGAAGGACGGAAGGUUGCAGGUUGGGGACAGGCUGCUCAUGGUAAACAACUACACGUUGGAGGAAGUCACUCACGAGGAAGCUGUAGCCAUAUUGAAGAAUACUUCUGAUGUAGUCUAUCUAAAGGUGGGGAAGCCUACCAGUGUUUACCUUUCGGAUCCCUAUGGUCCUCCAGAUAUCACACAUUCAUUCUCUCCAGCGAUGGAAAAUCAUAUCUCUUCACCUGGCAACAACGGUACUCUAGAUUACAAGUCCAGUCUUCCCCCCAUUUCCCCUGGAAGGUACUCCCCCAUCCCCAAACACUUGCUCGGGGAAGAGGACAUUAACAGGGAGCCCAGGAAGAUCGUGCUGCACAAGGGCUCCACGGGCCUGGGCUUUAACAUCGUGGGAGGAGAGGAUGGAGAGGGCAUCUUCGUCUCCUUCAUCCUGGCGGGAGGUCCAGCCGACCUCAGCGGAGAGCUACGGCGAGGAGACCAGAUCCUCUCUGUUAAUGGUAUCGACCUGCGAGGUGCCACUCAUGAGCAGGCGGCGGCAGCGUUGAAAGGGGCGGGCCAGACUGUGACCAUCAUCGCCCAAUACCGACCAGAGGAGUACGGUCGCUUUGAGGCCAAAAUUCAUGACUUGCGCGAGCAGAUGAUGAACCACAGCAUGAGCUCUGGAUCCGGAUCCCUCCGAACCAAUCAGAAGCGUUCCCUUUACGUCAGGGCUUUGUUUGACUAUGAGAAAGCUAAGGACAGUGGGCUUCCCAGUCAAGGCCUGAGUUUCCGUUAUGGGGACAUCCUGCAUGUCAUCAACGCCUCAGACGAUGAGUGGUGGCAGGCCAGGAGAGUCACCCCGGAGGGGGACAGUGAGGAGAUGGGGGUCAUCCCCAGCAAGAGGAGGGUUGAGAGAAAGGAACGGGCACGUCUAAAGACGGUCAAGUUCAACGCCAAGCCAGGUUCUAUCGACUCCAAAGGGUCAUUCAAUGACAAGCGUAAAAAGAACUUCAUCUUUUCACGAAAGUUCCCAUUCUACAAGAACAAGGAGCUGGGUGAGCAAGAUGGCAGUGACUCAGAACAGGGCUUAUAUUCUGACUUCUCAGACAGCAGCAGUACAUAUUCUUGGAGUCAAGAGGAUCUGAUUCUUUCCUAUGAGCCUGUCAUCCGUCAGGAGAUUAACUAUGCCAGACCGGUUAUAAUCCUCGGACCAAUGAAGGACAGAAUCAACGAUGAUCUCAUCUCUGAAUUCCCAGACAAGUUUGGCUCAUGCGUGCCACACACCACCAGACCAAAGCGGGAUUAUGAAGUAGAUGGUCGAGACUACCAUUUUGUCACUUCUCGUGAGCAAAUGGAGAAGGACAUCCAAGAGCACAAAUUCAUCGAAGCUGGCCAGUACAACGACAAUCUAUACGGGACCAGCGUCCAGUCAGUCAAAUAUGUAGCCGAACGAGGCAAGCACUGCAUACUUGAUGUAUCUGGGAAUGCCAUUAAACGACUACAAGUAGCACAACUCUAUCCCAUUGCCAUCUUUAUAAAGCCCAGAUCCAUUGAAUCAUUAAUGGAGAUGAAUAAGAGGUUGACAGAGGAACAGGCGAAGAAAACGUACGACCGUGCCGUAAAGCUGGAGCAGGAGUUUGGCGAAUACUUCACAGCUCUUGUUCAAGGAGACACGUUAGAGGACAUUUAUAACCAGUGCAAGAUGGUGAUCGAGGAACAGUCCGGGCCAUACAUCUGGAUUCCCUCCAAGGAGAAAUUAUAA